AUGUUCCUUAUGAGUUAGUGGUAGUGCCAUGACUUAGGUAAUCGUGUGCAUUCAGGAUGGUGUUAACACAUCCCUGUUGGUGUAGUUUGGUGAAACAUGGAAUGGUUUGAGAUGUUAUUUUAAAGAGAAGUGCUUGUUACCACAAUGCAAAAGAGUGACCGGCCGAGAGCAGGUGGCGGGACAGGCAAUAAAGACGACCAAGAUCCAAACUCUCGACGUGUCUCCAGAACAAGUGCAAGCAACCGGACUGGGCCAACCAUGCAGCCUGGCUCGCGUACAUCAUCGUCUUCUAAUUCGUUAGAACUCUUCGUGGGCCCCAACUAUAGAGUGGGCAAGAAAAUAGGCUGUGGUAACUUCGGAGAAUUAAGACUAGGAAAAAAUCUAUAUACAAAUGAACAUGUUGCGAUUAAAUUGGAACCCAUCAAAGCGAAAGCUCCACAAUUGCACCUCGAGUACAGAUUUUAUCGCAUGCUCGACGCUGUCGGGGAAGGAGAUAAGCCCAGACCGGAGGGCAUCCCACGGCUCUAUUACUUCGGCGUGUGCGGCAAGUACAACGCCCUGGUCAUGGAGCUGCUGGGGCCCAGCCUGGAGGACCUCUUCGAUAUGUGCGGCAGACGCUUCUCCCUUAAGACCGUCCUCCUUAUAGCCAUUCAACUCCUCCACAAAAUAGAAUAUGUCCACUCCCGAAGAUUGAUAUACAGAGACGUCAAACCUGAGAACUUCCUCAUAGGCAGAAGUUCCACUAAAAAAGACAAAAUCAUACAUAUUAUUGAUUUCGGUUUAGCCAAAGAAUACAUCGACCCGAACACCAACAAACACAUCCCGUAUCGCGAACACAAGUCGCUGACGGGCACAGCUCGCUACAUGUCCAUCAACACACACAUGGGACGUGAGCAGUCACGACGAGACGACCUCGAGGCCUUCGGUCACAUGUUCAUGUAUUUCCUGCGAGGCUCCUUGCCCUGGCAGGGACUCAAGGCCGAGACUCUCAAAGAUAGAUACCAGAAAAUCGGUGACACCAAGAGAGCCACUCCAGUGGAAGUGCUUUGUGAGAACUAUCCUGAGGAGUUUGCGACAUAUCUACACUACGUGCGACGAUUGGACUUCUUCGAAACUCCUGACUACAACUACCUGCGCAAGCUCUUCCAGGACCUCUUCGAGAGGAGAGGCUUCACAGCAGAUGGCGAGUUUGACUGGACUGGCAAAACCAUGUCGACACCUGUUGGUUCUACCCAGACCGCCACUGAAGUUAUUGUGUCACCGAGCAGAGAUAACAGAGACCGACAUCACAGCCAAGCUGCUACACCGCUGCCAAACGCUAAGGGCGGCCCAGGAGCGAAAGCUGGAGGUGGGUCCGCGUGGCCCGAUACGCCUAAGCAAGGACCGCAACUGAUGUCUGGAGGCACCCUCACUCCCGCCGACCGACACGGCUCAGUUCAGGUUGUGAGCUCCACCAACGGUGAGCUUGGUCCUGAUGAUGCCUUGGGGGGACAUUCGUCUACACCCAUCACCGUGCACCAGGAACCCGAGUCUCCCGAUGAAACCAAGUGCUGCUGUUUCUUUAAGCGCCACGCGAAGAAGGCAGGAGGAGUGAGAGGAGGCAAGUGACUCGCCGCUGUGGUACAGCGCUCCAGCGAACGCCAAGCUGUUGCUGUGCUGCUGCCUCCCGCUCUCAACGCUCAUGCCGAUGACGAAGAAGAUGAGGCUGUUGCGGCUGUCUCUUGAUAUCAGUAGACGGUGACCGAACAACUCAGCUACCACCGUCAUCAAUGCUCCGAGAUAAUUAUAUAAUUCUGAGCAAUUGGACUGUGGUGGCAAUAGAUUUAUAAUAUUUUGAGGACCCUGAUAUCAAGGUUAAAUGGACGUUAAUUACUGGAUUAUUUUUAUGCUGAUAUGUGUGCUCAACUGAUUAUUUCAGGACUGAUUGGGCAAUGAGAUUCAGUUCCGAUCAUCCAACGUCCAUUUUUUUGGGUGGAGGAUGCGGCA